CGACGUUCCGGCUACAACAAUGGCUGAAUAGAGAGAGGUGAGACAUCCCUGAGAACAUGGCCUGUGUGGAGCACUGUAGACGCUUGCUGGACAAGUUACAGAGACAGCGAGAAGCGGCCUUCCUGUGUGACUGCGCUAUUCUGAUCGGCGACUUCCAGUACAAAGCUCAUAGGAAUGUGUUGGCUUCUUUCAGUGAAUAUUUUAGGACCCUUUUCACGGACUCCUCGGACUGUAGUGUACUUCUUGACCAGACGCAAGUAACACCAGAUGCAUUCCACACAGUGCUGGACUUUAUUUACAGCGGGGACUUGCAUUUUGACAGGUGUCACUUAGAAGAAGUCCUUACGGCCGCAGAAUACUUGAGGCUAGAAGAGGUAGUUCUGAUGUGUAGGACUAAACUGGACUGUGCUGCCAUGGAGAGAGCCUGUAGUACAGAGCUGCCUCCUGCAGAGGAUUCUCCUGAUAUCAAGAAAUCACCAAAACGUCCAGAAAACAGAAGACAAGAUGUAUGUCUGGCCAAGAGGGUUAAAGCCAGAAAAACUGCUCGGAGCAAAAGAUGGAAAAGGAAAAUACCCUAUACCCCAGAAACUUCAAGGAAGGUGGGCGAUCAGCAGAAAACGGCGUCGGACCCCCACCUGCCUGUCAAUAAACUGGAAGAAUCGCUAGCGGAGCAGCUCACUCAGGUUAAAGAUAGCGGCCUGCCGCAAGUUUGUUCUGCGCUUUCACCAGACACUAACGUUGCAUCAGUGAAGCAAAAACAAGUCAAGUCUCCACAAACCGGAGCCCUGAAGGAACACUGUAUGGCCAGUAUCACAAGUGCAUCUAACAUGUGCAAGAUGGGGAAAGACGUGGAUCAGAAAUACUUGAAGAAUAAACCUACGUGCAAUACUUGUGGGAAGGUUUUCUCAGAAGCCAGCAGUCUUCGGCGACACAUGCGGAUCCACAAAGGUGUCAAACCUUAUGUGUGUCACUUAUGUGGAAAAGCUUUCACUCAGUGUAACCAGCUAAAAACGCAUGUAAGGACCCAUACAGGAGAAAAGCCAUAUCAGUGCAAGCUUUGUGAUAAAGGUUUUGCUCAGAAAUGCCAAUUGGUCUUUCACAGUCGAAUGCAUCACGGAGAAGAGAAACCCUAUAAAUGUGAUGUGUGUAAUUUACAGUUUGCCACUUCCAGCAAUUUAAAGAUUCAUGUUAGAAAACACAGUGGAGAAAAGCCAUAUGUCUGUGACAGGUGUGGUCAGCGAUUUGCACAGGCUAGCACCCUGACCUACCAUGUCCGGCGACACACCGGUGAGAAACCCUAUGUCUGUGACACCUGCGGAAAAGCAUUUGCUGUCUCCAGUUCUCUGAUUACUCAUGCAAGGAAACAUACAGGGGAGAAACCUUACAUCUGUGGAGUUUGUGGAAAGAGUUUCAUUUCUUCUGGAGAACUUAAUAAGCACUUUCGGUCUCAUACAGGAGAAAGGCCGUUUGUCUGUGACGUUUGUGGAAACGCCUAUACUGAUGUGAAAAAUUUGAAGAAGCACAAGCUGAAAAUGCACAAUGGAAAUGAAGAAACAGAUGAAGCAGAACCUACUGACAGAAGCCUCAGUGAGGAAGACACGGCAAAGAACAGUUCAGCUCCAGACUGUCUGGACUUGAAACCGUCCGAGUUGUUCUUGCCUCUCACUCUCCAUAUUGGCCCAGAAGACCACCAGAUGUUGCUGCCUGUAUCAGAUAAUCAGUGUCUCUCUUCUGACUCUUUGUUGAGGACGUCAGUCAACAGCUAUUCAGAGCCACAGUUUAUAUUUUUACAGCAAAUGUACUGACAGAGAACUGUCUAAAAUCAGACAACAUACUCUUUCUGUAGGCUGAGCCUAAGCUGGAGUUUUAGAGCUGCACUUUCCUGCUUUCUAGAGGAACACUUUUUUUGAUGUGAUAUACCGUCAUACAUUUUCUUGUAUUGUUUUACCAGCACAUUUGCCAGUCCUAUUUCUUGAUAAAUAAUUUAAUGUGGUAGAAUGUUUACAGAACUGUAUUUAGCUUAAAGGGGUCCUCUGGGCUUUUACUAAUAUCUCUCUGCCCCCUGUGGAAGACUGCAGUACAUACCCUUCUGUUGCCCCGCCAUCUCCGCUGCGCUCACGUGAACCUUUUGGACUGGCUGCAGUCUAUUCCGCCAAGGUCCUGCCUGGACAUGCUCCUGAGUUGUCCUGUUCAGCUACAUAAUGUAAAUGCAGCAGAACAGGAAGACUCUGGUUGGGACCUCAGCGGAAGAGCCUGUAGCCAGUCUAGGAGGUUACAUGAGCGCAGCAGAGAUGGCAGAAUCGGCUGUGCAACAGGGGUGAGUACUGCUGAAAUGAUCUUGCUUCCACAGGUUAGAAGGCAGAGGGAUUUUAGUAAAAGCCAGAGGACAUAAAGACAUUAGACAUAUAUCUGAACCUUUGCCCUAGGUAUCAUGUAUAGUAAAACUCUGGAAAUAAAAGCAGCAGUUUCCCAGGCUGCCUACCACCAAGGACAUGGUGACAGGUAAAAAUAAAAUGCAAGGUUCCAGCACCAGUCCAGCAUAAAACUUCCUUUAUUAAAUCAUGGAAGAUGAAAAAGUAAAAGACUAGUAAAGUGACAACCUUUAAAGAGAACCUGCAACCAUGAAAUGCAGUGCAAUGUUAUCGAGCAGAAGGAGCUGAGCAGAUUGAUAUGUAGUUUUAUGGGAAACUAUUCAGUAAAACUUG